AUGGACGAUAUCUCUGAACCGGCUUCGAGUUCGAAUACAAUAUCCGAAACAAGCCCGUUGCUCUAUGGUCGACGACGACAACACAGUCCUUCCUUGAAAUUGAUAUGGUCAGAGGCCCUUGUUGUGAUGAAAUAUGCCGUUCCAAUUUUUGGAAUCAAUGUUCUGGAAUACUCUCUUGUCGUAGUAUCUGUGCUGUCUAUUGGACACAUAUCUACCACUGCUCUUGCUGCUAUUACCAUUGGAGAAAUGACAGUGAAUGUCACUGGGCUGAGCAUCAUCACUGGAUUCGCAAGCGCGCUGGACACAGUGCUGCCUUCAGCAUGGACCAGCGACAGGCCCGAAUUGGUUGGUCUGGAAACGCAAAGAAUGACGUUGAUUGAGUGCUUGACGUUGGUUCCGAUCGUAACCCUUUGGCUGAAUGGUGAAGCGGUUCUGUUAAAAUUGAAUCAAGAGCCGGAGGUGGCGAGGUUAGCUGCUUUGUACUUGCGAUAUAUGUGUAUCGGUCUUCCUGGUACUGUCAAGGUAUUUAUCUUUCGUAUGCUGUUCGUCUUGAUCUAUGAUGUCUUGUCCUUAGGUCUAUUUUCCGUCCCGACGCGAAUUAUAAUCGUCGUAGCCCCAAUCAACGUACUCUUGAAUUAUAUUCUUGUCUGGGGUCCUUCUCCAACCCGCCUAGGUUUCAUUGGUGCUCCAAUUGCAACGUCUAUAUCGUACUAUCUCCUAGCAAUCUCAUACCUCACUUACGGUGUGUUCUGGGUGGAUAGAAAGGCUUGGUAUCCAAUCACCAUACGGAAUUUGAGGGGGGUAUUUGGAUUGGGAAAUUUGGGUUUCUUGUUGAAAUUGGGUCUCGCUGGAGUUGGUCAAACGGUUUCGGAAUGGUGGGCAUGGGAUAUUGUUGCGUUAGUCGCGUCACAAUUAGGCUCCGAUGUAGUCCUCGCAUGUCAAUCCAUUCUUGUCGUCACAUCUUCCACAACAUGGCAGGCCCCUUAUGCGUUGGGAAUAGCUGCUUCAAUACGGAUCGGAAAUCUUCUUGGAGAAAGAGAUGAUCUGCGCGCCGGAGCAGCAGCAAAAGGCGUAUUAGUGGUUGGGAUUGUUACAGCAGGUGUGAUUAGUGUCCUACUACUCGUUUUCCGUCAUUCUUUUGCGUAUAUGUUCAACAACGAUCCAGACGUCGUAUCAAUGGUUGCGUCCAUCACCCCAAUACUCGCAGUCUGUCAAAUAUUCGACGGUACUGCGGGGAUCACUUCUGGAAUCCUGAGAGCAAGAAGUAAGCAAGUCAUGGGUGCAGUGUUAAAUAUUUCUGCAUACUAUGUCUUUGGUAUUCCUUUCGGAAUCUACCUCGCCUUUUCAUCCUCCACGCACAUGGGCCUUUCUGGUCUUUGGGUCGGGCUCACUGUCGCACUAGUGUACUGUGCCGGGUUUGGUGUUGCGAUGAGCGUGUGGACGCCUGAUUGGGAGAAAGAGGUUGAAAAGGUUGAAAAACGGGUAGAGCGGGAAGGAGAACGGGAAAGGGCGAGGGAAGAGAGGGAGGAACAACAAAGAGAGCGUGAUACUGUCAACGUGGGCUCUGAUAGUAGGACAAUCGGUCGGGGAUGGGCAGAAACCGAGGAGAGUAGGGCGGCAGUCUAUAGCGCCACUGCCAGCAUUAGAAGCCACACUGCCAGCAUGGAAAGUUGCACUUCGGAGAAUUUAGAGUAAAUGGAUCAUUAUCAGGCAGAGUGAAUUACUCCAAGGGAACACAUAGAGAUUGCACGCCUACAUAUAGACAGGAGCCACUACAGAAAAGAGUUCAAAAAAAAACCAGCCGGAGUGGUUUAAACCCUAACCUGACUGAUUCCUCUUCAACUCAAUCAAAAUCUCUGUCCUUGUCACCCUGUUCGAGGAAG